AUGGAUGAUGUAAGUUUUUAUUCCUAUUCAAAGUAUUUUCAGAAAAACUAUUCGAUUUUUGCAGGAAGAGCUGGAUGCUGAAGUUCGUAGACUUGAAGAAGAGCUGCGCGAUGUGCAAAGACGUAAAAAAGAGCGAAUGGAGUUUUUGUUGCGAAGAAAUCGAGCAAGAAAAGACGGGUAUUCCUCGAGUUCUGAAGAAUCCGAAUCGGAAUCUGAAGGUGAUGUUGGAUCGACUGAAGCUCUUUUCAAAGGAAUGAUGGCAGUUCAAGAGCGAGCAGAUUUCAAUUUGAAAAAACUUGAGGAAAAGUAUUUGCAAAAGGAAAAGAAUCUAAAACUUGGCGAUUUGAUUGAAUUCGAUGGACAUGGAAAUAUUUAUUUUCCUGAGAAUAUGCCCAAAAACCAAGAGCAAAGGCAUAUUGAUAAGAUGUUUCGUGAUGAUAUGAAUUUUGGGUAAAUUAUUGAUUCAAUUGUUUUUUCAUAAUAAUGUAGGAAAUAAUUUUCAGAAAAGGCAUUUUGUGCGCGCCAAGCAACUCAAAAGCGGUGUUCAAAGACGAUCCACGAGCUUGGAAGGAGAGUUUGAAGCGAGAUGAAAUGUUCAAAGAAUAUAAAAGAUCGCAGAAAAGAUCUAGUAGACCAAAACCAAUCUUCGAGGAAAACCCAGGACCACAACAUGCAUCUAGUUCUAAAUAUCAAGCAGAUGGGGAGGACUCGGAUGACCUGGAAGAUGAACAAUUUUCGGACACCACUGAUGAUUUAUCUUCGGAAGUUUUCACAUCUUCGGAAGAGGAAGAAGAAGAAGAAGAGACGAAAAUUCAUAACUAUCCCAAAAUAUCUGGAAGUUUUGCAAAAUCGAAAAUUGAAUUAUUGAAAAAGGCGGAAGAGAUUGAAGAGGUGCGAUUUGUUAGAAGUCAAGAGGAAUUCGCAACACCUUCUACACGAUCUAAAAAAUAUCAUGAGAGAUCUGAAACACCGGAAAUUGCCGAAACUUUGAAAAUGGCUGAAACUCCAUCCUCAAAAUCUUCUGAAAGAGAAAAAGUCGCUGAAACUUCAUCAAGAUCUUCUCGAAGUUCCAAGAAAAUCAUCGAUUUUUUCGCUGAAACUUCAAAAACUGUGGCUUUGCUAAAAUCAGCAGAUAUUCAAGUUGUUUAUGAAACUCCAUCAACGAGAUCUAGGAAAAGACAAGCCAAAAUUGAAUUUGAAACUGAAGCCUCUUCUACAAAGUCGAGGAAGAGAAACGCUGAAACUGUCACUUCUGAAGUUGCUGAAACUCCAAAAAUUGCGGCUCUCGAACUUACAAAAACUUCCACAACAUCUAAAAAUGUUGAAACUGUUCCGAAACCUGCUGAAAAUUUGAAGGCAUCUGAAAAUCCACCAGAAGUUGCUGAAACCCCAAAAAGCAUAGCUCCAGAAGUCAAGAAAACGUCUACAAGAUCCAGAAAAACAAAAACUGCUCAAAAUCUUGAAAUUUCUGAAACUCCAAAAACCGCAGCACCAGAAGUUAAGAAAACAUCCACAAGGUCCAGAAAAGCUGAAAUAUCUUCGAAAUCUUCUGAAAAUCCACCGCAAAUUUCUGAAACCCCGAAAACUGUGGCUCCAGAAAUUAAGAAAACUUCCACAAGAUCUAGAAAAGCUGAAACUGCUUCAAAACCUGGUGAAAAUCUGAAUAUCGCUGAAACCCCGAAAACCAUAGCUGCAGAAGUCAAGAAAACGUCUACCAGAUCCAGAAAAGCUGAAACUGCUCAAAAUCCUGCUGAAACUCCCAGAACCACUACAAGAUCUCAAGCAAAUCCCCAAAGUUCCUCAAAUUCUCCAAAAACUCGAAAAAGGCCAAGUGCAUCUAACUCUGCUCAGCAGCCUCAAAAAAAGAAAAGUGAGUUCGCUCUAAAUUUUCAGAUCCCAAAACAUACCUCGUUUUUUUUUCAGAAAUAUCUCUGGCCACAAUCUCAAAUAGCUCACUCGAAGUGCAAAUUGAUGAAUCUGAAAAUCCGUCCGAUGCUGCUGCUGCUGCUGCUGAAAAUCCUGAAGAACCUCGAGAAAUCGCGGAAAAAAUUUGGGCGCAAAAAAUCGAUUUUUCCGAGUUUGGCGAGCGCAUUUUUGGAAUUCCCAUCCAAUUUCAUAGCAAAUUGGACACUACCUUUUUUGAUGUCUGGAAUUCGAGCCCACGAUUGAUGAAUCCGGAUUGUCGAGAUAAUUUUGAUGCGGAUUAUCGAAGAUAUUUGUCGAAACAUCGGAAAUCGGAACAGGAUUAUAAAGCGGGAUAUGAUUUUAAGAGAUAA